GGAUCGUCGAUGUCAGAUGCUACAAUCGACAGUGCUGAGAUCGACGAUACAUACCCGAUGAGCGUCUUUCUGUUCAGAUACCGUUUUUUCGGACCGACUAAUUUUUUGGACGAAUGGGGUGAUAUCGUCAUCAACUGGAAAGAACAACAUGGGUACAGUUCAGUACUUAAACAAAAAUAGUGGGAUAGGGAUGUUGGUAACGUGAUCAAUUGAAAAGGUGAAGAACAUGGGUACAGUUACUUAAAAAUAGUGGGAUAGGGAUGUUGGUACUAACGUGAUCAAUUGAAAAGGUGAAGAACACGGGUAUGGGUAAUACAAUUACUUAUAAGUAGUUACAACGUGUUGCUCCUCAGUGCGGCAGCGCUCCUCGACGUGGUGACGGAAUGCAAUAUGCGACAUGAUUGAGAUUGAUACAAUCUUCACUGGUCCUCGUGUUUUUCACUGGUGUCGCUCCUCUUUCGUUUCUGUUUUAAUCGUGUCGCGUUUUCUUUUCUUAGUCUGCUGCAAAGAAUCAGCACAUGUGAAGAAUAGUAUUCCUGAUUCUGAAUCAACCUUGCCUAUUCAACAACACGACAGUGCUGCAGCGCUCCUCGACGUGGUGACGGAAUGCAAUAUGGGACCGAUAACGAUGCACCUGUUCGACGUAAUGAGGGAAAUGCUCACUCAAUUCAAGGACGCGAAUCAGCAAGUGCCCUCUGAGUCUUUUACGCAACCACAAUCGAUGUACGGCGAAGUCUUGAAUCGGGCACAGCUAACCGCGUCUGAAUUUGGUCAAACUCGAACUUCACAGCUAACCGCGUCUAGAAGUUCCGGUGAUGUUCGUAGUGGAGGAGGAAAUCGACCAGUCGUCUCCACCUUGUCUGCCGACACAUCAACAAAAUCAACGCGUGCGGCCAUUGCGAGUGGCCAACAUCCUGUUCCUCUUCAGUCACACUCUGGAGCUGGUUUCGAGUGGCCAGAUGAUGAGUUCUUUUCGCAAACGAAGUUGGAAGAACGUUGUCCAAUCUGGACUCGUGGCGUUUUUGCAUGGUGCGAGUUCGUCGCACUGCACUUCAGCAAGAUCUAUCCCCGAGAGGCGCCAGCCAUCAUUGA